UCUCCUUGACAUUCCGCCAGAUAAUAUGAAAUAUGGCGGACAGUGAGAGCAGGAGCUCGAUGGCCAGUUGCCGGCUUCUCUUUGAUAUGGACGAAGAUACUCCUCUACCAGCAGCUGAAGCUCUUGUCGGGCUGAAAGAUUCUGUCAGACAGAGAAAUAGCAACAGCAUUUCACAGUUGUCGCCACGAAAGCGAAAAACCUACAACACCCGGUCUAAUGAUAAUAGCUUGAAGUCACAUGACGGGAAGCUCCCCUGGGCCAGUGAUCCAAGUGACAUUGAAGAGGAUACUAAUGGUCCAAUGGAUGAAAAUGACAAGAAUUACUAUGCACACCUAAAAGCUCCUAUUACACCUGCUACCAAGAAACCACAUGUAGAGCCUGAUGCUUUAAACCAGCAGCCGUGGAUCAAGCACAUAAAGACGUUCCUAAGGUUACCCAAGGCUCUGACCUGGUCACGUUACGAGUGGUUCUGCUCUGACAUUGACAAACCAUUCUUUGAAGGUAGCAAUGACUUUAUCCAGUGUCUUGACGAGUCCUUUCCUGAUCUUAAAGUGAGCCAGAACCAUGAGCUUACUCAGGCCCAGUGGCGUCUUGUUCGUCGGAUGAUCGGAAAACCCAGGAGGUGCUCAUCGACGUUUUUUGCUGAAGAGCGGCACCUCUUGGAGGAAAGGAGGAAGCAAGUGAGGGAACUACAGAAGAAGAUUCACAAAGGAACACACUUGUCAACUGUUGAUUUUAGUAGCUAUCUGAGAGAGUUACCAGAUGCUAUUCCUCCAAUAUUAACACUAGGGACUAGAGUCACAGCUUGGCUGAAUACUGAGACGGAGAAAGGUUUUUACAUCGGUACUGUAGAAGCUGUUGAUCUGGAGAAGCACCAAUACUGGGUCACUUUUGAUAAGCCAGGUGUGGGGAAACACUCUAUUGCUGACUCUGACAUAAAAAGCAUGUAUCCAGUUGAGUCAAUAAGCAUUAGCUCAUUGGAGGCUGCACACUCAAGUCAACAUGUCCUCUCGUCUAUAUCCUCUCAUUCCACCUCCACCAAUCAACCUACUGUAACAAGUCCUGAGAUUUUAUCAUCCGAUCCAUUACUUGCGUCCCUCCCGUUGUCAAGGAGAACCGAUUUUCAGCAGCAGUCAGUGAGUCUUGGGGGAUUCCCCACUGACUUCCUUCGACAAGUGGUUCAAAUGUCAAAGCUUUUGAGUCUCAAACAAGAGAGGCUGAAGAGACUAUCUUCUAUGAACACAGACGCAGAGAAAAUGCAUGCUCGACAUUCCUCUCUGCCAUCCGAUUUCCUAAAGAAUUACGCUACAUUAGUCAUUGACUUGGACGAUAUUAACAGACAACUCAAUUUAAGAUCUGAAGCAAUCAAGAGGUACACAAGCGAGCUUGGGUAUCAGGAUAAUCCCAGACCCAUGUCCAGUGUACAGGAGUGCAUGGAUCAGGCAGUGACAAUGACGGAGCAUUCAAACGUUAAACUCACUGCGACCGGAAGCGAAGUGACCGACGAGAAUAUAUUGAAAUUGAUUGCUAAAUUGAGUUGUAUUUUAUUACAAGUAGAGAUGUUAUCUCAGGAAGGAUGCUCUCAUGAUCUCUCGGGCCUUCAGGCAACCAUUACUGAAGCUGCUUCUUCCAUCAAUCCUGGCAACCAGAGAAUAUUCAUGAAAUACAUUGAGAAACCCCUCGCUCUCAUUCAAUCUGGCAUGGACCCAGCAGAAACCCUUCACCCCUUCUCGGUCUCCUCCCUCAGCAAGAGACCACACAGAACAACCACUACCACUACGGCUAGCAGUGCCAAUAUGUCCUUCACUGCCAGCAGCGGGAGGACCUGAGCCAUUAGUAUACUAAUAGCAGAUACUACUCCAACGAGUUCAUCAGUUUAGCAUUCCACUCACUCUCACAUGAAAUAUGUUAAAUGAAUAAAGAAAUGUGACGUCGUCGUAUAUUAUAUAUAUUUAUCUGUACCCCUUCUUAUUGUACUUUUAGUUUAUCAUUCCUCUCCAAACCCUUCUUAUUACUAUUAUUAUUAUUAUUAUUUUAUGCUAUCAUCACUUCUGGAGUGUUUUAUAAA